AUGAAACCCAGCACCGCGCUCGCGAUCCUCUACGGGCUCAACCUCGUCACCGCGCUCGUCGGCGCCGGGUUCCUCGCCGCAUUCCUCGGCCAGCUCUAUGCGGAGGAUCCACUCAUUGUGUUCCAGCUGCCCGUCGCCAUAUGGGUCAACGGCGUCGCAGCCUUCUUUGGCAUCCUAAUCUUCUAUCUCGUUACCUGGCUGAUCAUGCGCGCAACUCACUUUGAGAGCGGCUUGUCGUCCGUCGUCGGGGAUACAUUUGCAGUCCUCUUCUUCGUCCUAACUGGUGUCGCUGCCACUGCCGGCCUGACUGGCGAGAACGUCUUCCGCCUCAACUGUCGAGAGCAGCCGAUGUGGUCAGACGUCCUCGCACUCUGCCUUCCCGCAGCAAUCGGUGCCGCCAUCGCAUGGGGUCAGGUCGGCCUGCUCCUCCUCACCCUCGCCUUUAUCAUCGUUACAAUGCGCGACUACCCCGAAGGCUGGAAGGAGUCGAUGUACUCCCUCAGCCAUCCGCGGAGAGUCAAGCCCGUCAUACACCUCGACAAGGAUAACUCCAACUCUCCCGCGUCUUCAUUCGGAUCACCAUACAGCACAAUGGAGCGCAAGCCCCUUGUCGGCCUCAUCCCCGAAUAUCCUCCUCGCCGUGCCCCAGGACGUGACUGUACACGUCGCUCUGGUUCAGAAUCGUCGGGCUCCAUCAUAUCCCCCAUCUCGCCACUCUCCCCCGCCUCGCCAAGUGAAGGUUGGCCAUCUCGAUGGGGUUCCCCUCCUGGCCAGUGGCCAACCCGCCUCCCCCCGGGCGGUAUCUACUCGGCCUACGCAGACGCAGUCCCAACCCAGUCGUACUGGCGCGACGACCCGGCCAUCCCACGCCCCCAGCCAUCCUUGGAUAUGGAUCGCGAUCGCAGGUAUUACCGCCCAUCACUGGAUCUCGAGCGCCUUAUCACUCCACCUUCCCCGGCGCGAUCCAGAACCUCGUCGCAAGGAUACGUUGAUUGGCCGCCGCUCUCUCCGCGCCGUUCUGCCCAGUCUCUCUCGCCGCCAGCCCGACUAGCAAACCCACCACCCCUCCCACCCCUCCCAGCAUACGCGCAGCACCUCCAGACAGCGCCAUACGAAUCCGGCUUUGGCGCAAGACAGCGCUCGGACUCGGCGUCGUCCCAGCCCUCGACAUUGGAAAAGGAAUACAUGGCUGCAGCGAACUGCGAUCCGAAACUGCGGCGACAGCGGCAACGCUCAGACUCGGCGUCGUCCCGGCCCUCACUCCUGGAAAAAGAGUACAUGGCAGCGGCGCUAGGGCGACCCCUUUCCGGCGACUUUGAGACGGCGUCAGUCUCAUCCAACGCUCCAUCCUGCCUCCAGACAAACAUAUACACGCCCGACAGGUUUACAUACACGUACGAGAAGGCACGUCUUUCACCCCAAUCUCUCACACCCCCUCGAUCAGCACCCUCAACACCCAGGACACGAAGAGAAUUCCGACUGUACGGCAACGACCUUCCCCCCCUUCCGCCACCGUGGGGAGUCGACAACGCGGCACGUGAGAAAGAGCACCAGCGCGAGCUCGAGCGGGCAACAAAGGCCGACAUGAUUGCCCGCGCACACCGCAAGCUGAGCCAAGAAAUCGAGCGCGCUGGGCCAUCGCGCCGCACGUCACAGCUCCCGUCUUCCCCAGUCCCAGCCCAGAACGUCGACCACAGCGAGUUCGGAUAUCCCAGCGAAGCGAUACGUCCAAAGGAGACAAUGUUACUCCCAAAGCCCACGUCGGUGGGUGAGGCGCUCGGGAUGCCCCUCCCGCGCGACGAGUGGGAGGUGAGAGUCAAGCGACCGCCUGGGUUCCGUGUGUAG